GUUCGGUAUGCAACAUGGCUUUUAUAUUUACAAUUUAUUCCCAUAGAAACAUAAAGUUAUCCUAAAAUAUAUUCUUAAUUUUGAAAAGAGUAGAUAAAGUUUUUCGGCAGCAAGUACUUCAUAUUAUCAGCAUAUUCGGUACAUAUAAUCGAUUGUAUAUAUGUCAAUUAUAUAUUUGUAUUUAAAAAUCUUUUUCAUUUUGUAAUAGACCUUAUUUUACGUCGUUUUAUUUCUUCGUUAGCAAAUUAAUUCUAUAUCAUUAGCGAUAAUGAAAAAGUUUAAUUAAGAAACUAACGAUAAAUAAAAUGUUUGAUAAUUCUUUAUUGCUAUUAAUUAAUGUCAAUAAUUAUUUUAAUAAAAAGGAAAGAUUGCAGCCUUGUUUUAGUGGAAUACGCAUGCAUAUAUGAAUAUCACAUUGCAUAAUGUAUUUCUGCGGUUUUCUUGCAGCUGCAAUAUUACACUGCACCGAAUGAUGCCGGCACAUUCCGGACAAGUUGUUACCGAUUGAUAAAUAAAUGAUAACUUUACAGUUCGUCUUCUAGAUGGCUAAACUUUGAAAUAAAUAUUAACUUUAAACUUGAAAGACUCGGAAAAAGGGAAGCAGGGAGAAAAUAGGUUUACGAGCGAGUGAAUUUCUUUUUUAUUUUUGCUGGGAUCAUCUGGGAUACUUUUAGGUUCUUUCUUUGUGAGACAGUGAUAAAAAUAAUUUUUUCUUUGCUCCCUGUGAUUCUUUUUUCUUUUUUCUUAACUGAACGUGUAAGAUAUAUACUGUUCUACCAACAUAUCAAAACGAGUUCUCGCCGAAUAACGACUUGCCUCUAUUAUCGGCUUAUAAAGAUCGAAAAGUCUCUGAAGACUUCGACCUAAUAAAAAAAAACCUAUUAGACGUGGAUAUAGAAAUCAAACCAAAGAAGAGUGAAGAAAAGAGUGAAAAAAAGAAACAAACCUCGAACGUAGAUUCAUUUGAUACAGCCGGAAUUCUAGAUAUGACUUCAUUAAGUGCUAAAUAAAACACGAAAUGACGAAGUUAGAUGAGUGUGCGAAGAACAGCUUGAUGUAAUAUCAAUUAAUCAUUUCUUAAAGACUGUUUAUAUGACUUUCGUAAGCAUCAGAUAUUGCUUUACUAAGCACGCUACGUAUGCGUGAACAUAUGCUGUAACGGAUAAUUUGUACGUACAGGGCCAUUGUCCGUCAAUCUUGCUUGUAAUGAGUUUACCUCCCAAAUCAAUGUUCAAGAUAAUGAGGAUGCGACCCCGCGCGCAAUGGAGGACGACGGUCGGCUGCGAGUUUCAUUCUCAGUCGGUGCACUUUGUCCUACCCACGAUGUGCUGUCUGAUCCGGGUCAUCUGUGACUUGUUCUCCAGAAUCUACUGUGUAAUUAUUCUCCUCUCAUUAUGUGAGGCAACAACGUGCUCGUUAGUCCCGUACGCUUGCACGGUCGCCAGUACGCGGAGUUCUUCAGAUGUGGAACGUUCACCAACGUCGACGAUGUCGGUUGUUGAAGAAAUGAAGAAUCGAUUAUCGAGCCUCGAACGGAGGCUGCGGGCAGUCGAGCAACCGGUUUGGCAGAUCAGCACGAAAGAGGAAGAUUGGGAGGUGUGCGCCAAAGGACCAUGCAAAUGUAUACCAGAAAUAAAAUCGGUGUCCUGCUGGAGAUAUGAUCUGUCGGAUUUGCCCGCGACACAACUGAUCCCAGCAGAUGUGUUGAAAUUGGAUCUUGGCAGCAAUCGGCUGAGCGCUCUGCACAGAGACACCUUUAAGAACAUGACGCGGUUGCAUCAUCUAGAUCUGAGCAGCAACCUGAUUGAGCAUCUGGCACCAAACUUGCUCCUGCCGCUGCACGGUGUCGCAAACGUCAGGCUGAGUAAUAAUCUCUUAAAGGAAAUACAUCAGAAUCAGUUUUUCGGGCUAAGAAAUCUUCGAAUACUCGAUCUGUCCUGGAAUAAACUCCGUACUUUGCCGGAAGGUCUAUUCCUCAGUAACAGCCUCCUAGCUUUACUGGAUCUCUCUUCCAAUCGUAUCUCAUUGUUGUCCGCCAAUGCUUUUCGUGGCCUUGGGAAACUCGAAGAAUUGUUGUUAGGUAAAAACCGUUUAGCUGGAUUACCUGCCUUAAUAUUGCGAGACAUGUCUAAUCUCAGGCGUCUCGCACUCGAGGAAAAUCGCUUGAAAGAACUGCCUGUCGGUAUAUUCGAAGACGUGACGUCUCUCAAAGAAUUGGACAUGAGGGACAAUCGAUUGGCAGAAAUACCGAAGGGACUGCUGUCGACCCUUGUGCAAUUGAAAACUCUAGAGCUAUCAAGCAAUAAAAUAUCUUCGAUCGAUGUGAGGGCCUUUAACGGUAUGAUAGCGCUGCGAGAACUUCGACUAGGACAUAAUCACAUAAAAUAUUUGCCAUCUGGAUUAUUCAAUAAUUCUGUGUCGUUGGAACGUCUUAUUCUUUACGGCAAUCGUAUGGAAAUCUUGGCAAGAGGCGUUUUCCGAGGUUUGUCCAAUCUCACUUCCUUGUUUUUGCAAUCCAAUCGACUGAAGGUAUUGCAAUCAGGAGUUUUCGACGAUACGCCGAAUUUGCAAAAAUUACAGUUGGAGUCAAACGAGCUUUCCUUCUUGCCAGCUGGCAGCAUGGACGCAAUAUUCACGAUUCAACAAGUACGCCUGAAUCGGAAUCCUUGGCAUUGCGAUUGCCGUGCUUUUUACGUCGCUUCUUGGCUACGCAGAAGAUUAGCCAACUUCGCCAAUCUGACCAAUCCGUCGCAGAUACAACAAGCUUUGACCAUGACAGGUAAUUGGAGCAUUUGGGAAUUUGGAGCAGGUGCAACUUGCAGAGGCCCUGGUAUACUAGGCGGUCAACCUGUGUUGCGUCUGACUUUCCACGAACUUUGCGAGGGUCAAUGGGCGUCCAUGAAGGGCAUCAUACCUCGAAUACCCCUCGACAUUGUAGCGCCAUCCAUCACGUCGCGCACAGUUGGAAAAAACACGAUUUUAGUACGUGUCAUCAAAUCAACAUGAUACUUCCAAAUGCAUCGCUUUACUUUUUAGUGUCAUAGUAGUUUCGUAUAAUAUUGUAUAAUAAUAUAUAAAAGAAGAACUUAUGCAAUUGUGAAGAAUUAUUUGUCAGCAUCUUAGUAUUGUAAUAGUAAUGUGAUGAUGAAUAUUGUAAUAGUUAGGAUCACUUUGUUUAUAUAUUAAUUGUUAUAUAUUAUUUCUCACUUUUGUGUUCAUGCUGUUGCAGGUAUAGAUAAUAUAAAAUUGAAACGCAAGUUCUCUUCACGGAAGAUAAAAUGUUACACGUCCAUUACGACGUCAAUUAAAGAUUUGAUAAAAAUAAUUAGCACGUCUCUUGAAAUGAUUGUAGUAUCAUGUCCAAUUACAUUUUGUUUUCUUUCCGCUAUCAUAAAUAAUUAUCAUGCAUGUUUACAACUGUAAAUCUGUGCGUCUGUGUGAUAAUGUUUUUUAUUUUACUGAUACUACCUAUAAUUAUAGUAUAAAAUAAUAUAGUAAGAUUAUAUUAAAUAAAAAUGUAGGUUUGAAAAUGUUUAAUUGUAUGCGUUUUUUGCUUUAAGUAUUAUCGCUUAUUGUUGCUAGUUCUUUGUGUUUUCAAGUGAUUGAAGCAAUCAAGCAAUAUCGGUUUACAGUCGUUCGAUAAGGCUGUAGCACGAUUAAGACCAUGCUUAUCGCAGAAUGCAAGUUGUAAUUAUUAUAGGCAGAAUAAAAAGGAACAAGAAUUACUUAAGUAAUAUUUCAUAACUUAUUGUCAUGUGUAACUUUCUAAAGAUAAAAUUGUCUAAAGUCUAAUUGUAAGAACUUUCUAGUUGUUGUAGAGUUGUAGUUUUAAUUGAGUAUUUUCCAUUCGCAUUCUUCAAAAUAAGAUUCUUAAAUUCUUAGUUCUUUGCGAUUCAUGCCUUAUAUUCAGUUAGGAUCUGCAUUGUGCUGGCAAUAUUCAUACAAUAAAAUAUGUACCAAUAUACAAGAA